AUGGCGUCUGACACCGGCAGCGAGUUCGACCUCUCGCUGGAAGAUGAACAGUUGCUAGCCUCUCUCGCUGAAGAUACCGCGCUCAAGGCAGCCGAUGUCUCUGCUGUCUCCCGCGAUGCGGCGAGCAGCCUUCACGGCAGCUCGCAGGGCAGGGCCGCCUUGGUUGGGAUCGCCCGAACCAAGAGCGUCAACGCCUUUGUCCACAAGACCCAGCCGCAGUCUACGCCGUCAGUUGUCCCGGCUGACGAUAUCAAAUACCCGCAUCUCACUCAAGUCUUGACUAGCUUAGAACAAGAGAGAUCUCGCGAACAGUCCUUGCCUUUGGCUCAUGAUGUCCCUGACACUAGAUCGCCUCUCCUCCGAUUUCGAACCUUUCCCCGAAAACCACUCUCUGUGUCCGAUCUGACCGCUGGAGCAUGGUGCGAGCUCCAAUACGAAUACACUUUAACGCGGCUACCGGGUGGGAAGAAGACGCGGACGACAGCGAUGAAAGAAGGCAGCAAGCUUCACCAGAAACUUGAAGACGAAGUGCACACCACAGUACAGAUCGAGAUAGUAACGAAGGAGGACGCUUUCGGCCUGAAAAUCUGGAACAUCAUACAAGGCUUGAGGACACUGCGGGAUACUGGUUUGACAAGAGAACUCGAGGUCUGGGGCCUGGUCGACGGAAAUGUCGUCAACGGUCUAAUCGACUUUCUGAGCUACGAGAAUCCAAGCCCAGAGUUCGAAGAAGAAUGGCUGGGCAGCCAAGCCGGCGCCGAGGAAAAGUCGCAGCACAAGAUUACAAACUUCUUCCCGUCGGAUCGGCCCGAGGGAUCUCAGUUGAAGAACGUCCGCAAAGUCUACCUGACGGAUGUUAAGACACGGGGUGUUAAGAGCAUGCCAAAAGGUGCGGCGCUGAGGCCGACCAAGGUACAGCUCUAUCUCUACCAUCGUUUUUUGUCGGAUAUGGCAUCAGAUAAAGUCAAUUUCUUGCAAGUGUUCAGGAGAUAUUGCUUGGAUGUGGAUGCGCCCUUCUCCGAUGCUUUCCUCGCACAGAUUGGCGAGUUACACGACGACUUGUUUCACGAUUCCAGCUCCAUCCUGUCUUCGGCCACAGCUCCACCGCAGGAUUUGGACAUGAAUGAUCUCCUGAAGUAUCGCACGCUGCAGGAGCUCGUACCAUUGCUCAGGGACGAGCUCAAGUUGACCUUCCCCGCCGGUUCCGAUAGCCUGGGCAGCGUGGUGACUGUGGACUAUCGGUUACGUGGUCAAGAAGGCGAACGCAUCGGGACCAACAUUGUUGCUGUCGAUUCUGUUGUUCUGGACCAGUAUCUGGGUGAUUACAUGCAGUGGUGGAGGGGCGAGAGAGCGGCCAUAGGGGUCGAGAUCGAAGAGGCGUACAAAUGCUCCUACUGCGAAUUUGCUGAAAUAUGCUCGUGGAGGGAAGAGAUCGACAAGGAGAACCUGAGGAGGGCCCAGGAGAAGAGGAGCGCGCAGAGGGAGGGCAAGGUCGACGCUGACGGCAAGAGAAAGUCAGGGUCUAAGUCUCCCAAGACAAGGAGGCGGAAGGACAGCCCUAUGGCUGAAGUCGCGGAAUGA